CAAAAAAAAAUCCUCAUAUUUUAGAUUUUGAAUUUCACCCAAUCGAUGAGGUUAAAACCGAACCUCCGGAUGAUUAUGAAGCCUUCGACAUAAGUUCCAGCAAACCGGAACCAGCAGAGUCCGCACCGGAAUAUAAAUCAGAACCAUCUACUUCUUCGGGAACAAGAUUGAAAAGCACAACUUCGGAUAUAUAUAAAAAAGAGCAAUCAGGUUCCGCAUCCGAACCCGACGGGUAUGAUUCCGGUGGCCCUAACUUCCAAGACGAUGGAGGUGGAAGCGAUUUCGAAAAUGAUUAUGAUGAUGAUGAUGAUGAUGAUUACGUGAUAAAGCCGGACAAAACAGAACCUAUCAUUGAAACGCAGAAAGUUCCCAAACGUCGCGGUAGGCCACCGAAAAACGCUGUAAAGCCAUAUCCUGAAGAUUCAGAAACAUCUAUUGUAAAAAAACGAAAAUACAGAAAGAGAAAAAUUAAAUCGGAUUCAGAGGAUGAUGAUUCUGAUGACGAAGUUACUCCAAGAAAAAGUACUGGAAGACGCUCGAGAGACGAACGGCUGUUUGCUCACAUCACAGAAUUCGUUUGUUAUCUGUGUCCGGAACGAGUAGAGUUUGAUAGGUUCCACCAUGCCAAUUUACAUUAUAAAGAACUGCACAAAGAGCCAGCUUAUCUGAAAUGUGCUAAAUGCGAUCGGAAAUGCUAUACCCCUGGUGGAUUUAUCAAUCAUAUGGAAACUCAUGAAGAUCCCGAGAAAAAUAAGUGCAACAUUUGUGGGAAAGUUACAGAUCAAAAGAUAUCCUUAAGAAAGCAUAUGCGAGCUCAUCAGAUUGAAACAGAUCGCGAAAAACCGUUCGGUUGUAGUCAGUGUCCAAGAAGAUUUGAUAUAGAGAAAAAGCGAGAUAAGCACGAACGAUUACACGGUCGGAAAAUCGUAUUUAAGAGAGAAAAGGGUCGUGACGAAGAGCUGAUUGCCUUUUAUAAGAAAAUUUUCUGCGACCUUUGCGGUAAUGAUGAAAUCACUUAUGAAAACUUUUGGGAUCUUAAGUGCCACAUGACUAAAGAACACAACAAAACACCGUAUUUGAAGUGUCCUUUGUGUUCGAAGAAAAAUGUUUGCCGUCAGCAACUAAUUGUUCACAUUGAUGUGCACGAGAAUCCGGAUAAAUAUAAGUGUGAUAUAUGUGGAGAGGUUAAUCAAUUUCUUGAAAGGCAUAAAUUUAAAGUGCAUGGUAAUAACGUUGAGAAAUCAGAUGAAAAGACAUUUGGUUGCGAACACUGCGGCAAAAUGUUUCGUUGUGAAUCCAAUCUCAAAAAUCAUAUUGAACGAGUGCAUGCUAUCAAAGAUGAAGUGUGCGAUAUUUGCAAUAAACCUUUCAGCAAAAAAGCACUGGGAGCUCACAAAAGAACAGCUCAUAGUGAAGAGAUGUUUAUGUGCGAACAGUGUCCUAAAAUGUUUAAAACAAGAAGCGGUCUCGAUUCGCACAAAAGUGAACAUGAUGAAGAGCUCCGCAAACCAGUUCGCUGUACAAUUUGCAACAAGGAAAUGCGCCGUGGUGCCAGCCUUAUCAAGCACAUGAAGGUGAUACACUCGGAUGAUGGGCCAGUGAAUUGCAAUAUGUGUGGCAAACAGUUCCGUACUAAAUUCCACAUGGUUCGCCACAGGACCAAUACCUGCUCGGCCACCAUCGAUUCACGGCCGUUUAAGUGUGAAGUCUGUGGCAAGGGAUUCUCAAUGCGUCUUACCAUGACCGAGCACAUGACUACGCACACUCGGACCAGUCUGUAUCAAUGUGGAUUCUGCUUCAAAACCUUUGGUUAUAUAUCCAACCUAUAUAAACAUCGCAAAAAAGCCCAUCCAGAGGAAUGGCAAGAGGUUCAGAACAGGCCCGAUCAGGGCAUAGCAACAGUCAUUGAGAUGAGGAAUUAAUUCAAAACUUCAUCCUUUGACAAACUAUCACUGGUACCAGUGUUGUGUUUUAAUUCCUCAAAUGUAGUAGAAAAUAUGCUAAUUGCUAACAAUAAAUAUUAUUUUAUUAUGAAUUUCCAAUAAGGCAGAGCUGAUAAUAACACAUUGA